AACUAAGAAAUCAAAUAAAAGAACGAAAAAAAUGGCCGCCUCCACCUUCCUCGCCGUCGACGCAUCCUCCAAACUAUCCAAUCCAGUUGUUAGAGCAUCGCCAACCGCCGCCGGCAAGACUACUUUCCUCCAGCUGCCGCUCAAGCUCCGCAACCCUGGAUCCCUCAAGCACGCUUCCUCCUUCGCCGGAAGCAGGAGAUCCUUCUCUUGCACUAGCCAGGCCGCUUCCUCCGACGACGCCAGACCUCCAUCCAAAGUUCAGGAGCUCCACGUCUACGAGAUGAACGAGCGAGAUCGAGGGAGCCCCGCCGUCCUCCGAUUGAGCCAGAAGCCGACCAAUUCCUUCGGCGAUCUCGUCCCUUUCAGCAACAAAGUCGAUCUCCGGAGUUCUCUUCCUUCA